CGCCUUCAGUGCAAACCCAAGACGCAGGAUCCUGCCGAGGGAAAGCACUCCUUGAAAUCAUCACCACAGACCCCACUGUGAAAGUGCAGAGGAGGAGAGAGAAAAAGCCUCGGCAGCCAGCCUCCUGCGGCUGAGGGCUUUGCAAGCAGGGCAAUGGCUUCAGGCUCUCAGAGAUUCUCUCUCACCUUUCUCCAGGGAUCUGUCGUCUUCAUCCUUCAGAUCAUCUCUGUUCAGGCUGAUGGAAAAGUGUUUGCACUUGAGUCCAAGAACAACUCUCAGGGUCUGGAUUUAGCUGAAGCUGAGAAAGCUUGUGUUGACCUGAGUGCUCGCUUAGCAACUGCAGAAGAACUGAAAAGGGCUGUUAUGGACUGUUCUUUCGCUGGCUGCACCACAGGAUGGCUUGCUGGUGGCUCCGCUGGGACAAUUAUAUGCAGAAAGACGGGCAGCAAACAGCAGAGCGUGAAAGCCAUUGAUGUUAAAAUUGAAACCCAUCCCUUUGUGAAUGACCAAUAUGAUGCUUUUUGUGUAAAGGAUGAAGACAAGCCCUGUGGGGAUCCACCAUCCUUCCCCCACACCAUCCUGCAUGGCCACACUGGCUUUGAAAUGGGGGAUGAGCUGCUGUACGUUUGUGCCCAGGGGUAUGUCAUGGGCAACAAGGAGACGGCGUUCACACUGCUCUGCGACAGCUGUGGGGAGUGGUACGGGCAGGUUCAGGCCUGUGUCAAAGAUGAAACCGAGGCACACAUUGACUAUGAAGAUAACUUUCCUGAUGACAGAUCAAUACCUAUUGUUGAGAAUGAACAUGUUAAUGGCAGAGAGGAAAUCGAGCAGGAGCAAGAACAGCUUUCCUCCAGUAAAAGUUCAGAGGAAGGAAGGACUGGAAGUACCAAAGGCAUUACUCAGGACACAGUCACUUCUGAAAAAGGAAGCAGGGCACCAACUGAGUCCCCUGUGUCCCUCCUAAGCCAAAAAAACUUGUUUUGGUUUCCAUCAGAGGCUUUCAGCGAGCCUGAAUCAGAGAAAGAGACAGAUGAUUCCACUAAAGCACAGUUUUCUGAAGGUGAUAACCACAUUGGAAUGAAGACAGCCUACGAUGAACCUGGUGCCAAAAUGUUUUAUGACAGUGAGGAUUUCCCCCUUGGACCCAUUCUCACAACUAAUGAUACAAAGGCAGAGAUAGAUGCAGUUGCCAUUACUGAUGAGUCGUGGUUAGAUGGCUAUCCAGUAACACAAGAAGUGGUAGAGGAUGAUGAAGAGGAGGGGGAUAAAGUUGAUGGUUCAAUGGGAACAGAAGAUGAUGUCAUCCUCACAACCGAUCAACCAAAUCAUGUUGAAGUAAGAAAAUCAGGCAAUGGUAGCCCAGCUCCAGAGGAAGGCUUAACACAGAUUGUAGCAGCAACAACAAGGAUAGAUGAAGGGGCCAAAGAGACAGCAGUACCACUUACAUCAGUGAGUGGUCUGGAGAACUUAAGCGUGAGCAGAGGUUAUGAUGAUACUGCAUGGGACCACCCAACUACAUCUCUGGAAACUGUGACUCAGGAGCCCAGUACAACGAUGCUGUUUGACAUAACCAGCUUAACGAUGUCCAUGUCAGAAACCUCUGUGGUGGUCAGCCCCUCUGAUCUCACUCCGUAUGCAGAACCAAAAGAAACAACUGCAUACCCAGCACAAGUAGCAACCACUGCACCAGCUCCAGGUAUCAUUACUGACAUGUCAUCCCAGGAAUCUGCUGAGCAAGAAAAUCUCACCCAGGGCCUUGGAGAAAAGCCCGUCCCCACUUCCGAGCCGUGUGAGGGAGACGAUUGUUCCAAGUCCAGUAAAGGUGCUAUCAUAGCAGUAAUUGUGAUUCUUCUCUGCUUAUUACUGGUUGCAGCUGUACUGGCUGUGUGGUUUUUCAAAAAACGGCAGCAGAAAAAUUCUGUCUAUAAAUUAAAUGGAAGGUGUCAACCCAGACAUCAUUGCUACCACCACUACCACCACCAGCACAUUGAAAUGCAGAAAGUCUAACCAGGGGUCUUUUGGCAGAGUGCUAGAAAUGAGAAGAAAAACAUAUUGAUGCUAGAAGGAUCACAUGACUCAUGGAUGCUAAAAUCCAGCAGUGCAGAAAGCAGAAAAAAAAGAAUGCUAAAAGAACAUAGAAGACAGAAAAGAUUUCAUCCUUUUGAAAUCACAGUUUAGCAUAUUCAACCUUUCAGAGCUAAAGAAUCUGUUCGUUUUUAUCACAAGGGUCUUUCAGAGACAUCAGCAGGACACAGUGUGCUUGGUAGUACAUCUACAGUUUGUUCCGCUUUUACAUUUUGCUCCUAUUAAUAAUAAAUUAAUUGAUUAAUUUCUGUGUUACCUGGUUAUAAUGUAAUGGCAGGGCUGGUCAGGCCUUCUUGGUCUAUUCUCAGUGGAAGAGGGAAAGAAGGAGGG